UUUCCACACAGCUGGAGUCUCACCGGCAGCGGUGUUGUGUUGACGGAUGAAGCGCAGCCGGAUAUUGAAGGAUCAUGUGGGACACGAGGAUCGAGAUGUAACACAGCCGCUGAUUUCCAGAUAUUUAACUUGCAAAAUCAUUGUGCACACUGAUUCUGAAUAAGUGAGAGGCCUAAAGGAUCUUAAGGGAUUUAUGGCAAGAGGCAGGGAUGGUGGCCCCCUCUGCCGGCUCUGUAAAAAUUACCGCCUGUAUCUUCUGGUCUCGUUUGUCACGACUCCAUCGAUAUUUGCCGGGUUGCUUUUGAGUCGGUUUCCUGCCAGUUCCACUGUCAAAGCAGACAGAGUCCAUGUUUAGCCUCUAAGGCUCAGGCAGACCCGUGUAACAGUUAAGACACAGUGACGCGGGAAACGCCAUCAUCACGAGCAGCGCCUGGAUACUAGUCGUGGUUGGGACAAAGAGAAUGUGAACACGGGCCAUGUAGUGAAUUGGACAGUCUGUUGAAUCAGACAAAAAGAGGGAUGGUUACUCGCAGUCGUGGGCUGGAUACGAUUAUUAUAGAUAUGACAGUUGUGGGGCCUCAGAACUCGGGUUCCUACAUUUCUACCCAGGCAUACGGGCAAUCAACGUGUCACUACGCUUUAACCUGCUGUACCUGAAGCUACAUACCGCUCCCUGGUCAGGGCAGGAGAAGUAUUUUUCUUUAAUCACCGCGAUCUCAGAGAGGUGAUUAUAUCGGACAAUGGGGAACAGAGACGACGAAUAUGAUUUCCUGUUCAAAGUUGUUCUAAUCGGAGACUCCGGAGUGGGGAAGAGUAACCUGCUGUCCCGUUUCACAAGAAAUGAGUUCAACCUGGAGAGCAAGAGCACCAUCGGGGUGGAGUUUGCCACCCGCAGCAUCCAGGUGGACGGCAAGACGAUAAAGGCUCAAAUUUGGGACACAGCUGGACAGGAGCGCUACAGAGCAAUCACCUCAGCGUAUUACCGGGGUGCAGUCGGGGCCCUCCUGGUUUACGACAUUGCCAAGCACCUGACGUACGAGAAUGUUGAGCGCUGGCUGAAGGAGCUGAGGGACCACGCUGACAACAACAUCGUCAUCAUGCUGGUUGGAAACAAGAGCGACCUCCGCCACCUGAGGGCAGUGCCCACUGAUGAGGCUCGAGCCUUUGCAGAAAAGAACACUCUCUCAUUUAUUGAGACAUCAGCGUUGGACUCCACAAAUGUAGAGGAAGCCUUUAAGAACAUUUUAACAGAAAUCUACCGCAUUGUGUCUCAGAAGCAGAUAGCGGACAGAUCUGCACACGAUGAGUCUCCAGGAAACAAUGUAGUGGACAUAAGUGUCCCACCAACCACUGACGGGCAGAAGGGCAACAAACUCCAGUGCUGCCAGAGCCUGUGACACUCAAUCCCGUGACACUCCUCCACAUCCACCUCGACAUCACAUCACCCAUGCACUUUCUGUUCCCAUAGCUCUGCUCAUGGCCAAUUCCUUCGUCACUCUACUUUAUUUUUCUUUCUACCUUUUGUUCUGUUUUAUAUAAUGCUUUUGAACUCACCCGUGCUCUUCUCUUCUGCCAUGAAAGAAAACAAGAAGCCUUCAUGCCACUUGGUCAGUCGAGUUAUUCAUAGAGACAAUGUGAAGGUUCCUGCAAUGCAGGAAUGAGGCAGUUUGUCGCUGUCUUAAUGGAGCCUGUGAAGUUAUCUGAACUCUACUGAAACGCUGUCAUGUACAGGGAAAUGCACACAUUUCAGUGGUUACCACUAGAUGGUGCUGCGUAAAUAAACUACAGGCAGUUACUCCAACCUGGUGAAGCAGUA